AUGAAAAUCAUAUCUUGGAACUGUCAGGGACUUGGCAACCCCAGGACAGUGAGAGCCUUAAAGCAACUCAUUGCUAAAAACAAGCCUGAUAUCAUUUUUCUUAUGGAAACUAAGCUACACAACAUAUCCCCAAAUUUCAAGAAUAACUUUGCUGUUACUUACAGUAUUUACUCUGUCGAUUGUAUCAUCACUGAAGGCAAUGGGAAAUCUGGGGGCCUCAUUCUGUUAUGGAAUAAUUGUACCUGCAAUAUAGAAAUAAAGGAUAUGAAUUUCAACUAUAUUGAUAUGCUUGUCACAAAUUUAUCUAAUUCUAUACAAUGGAGAGCUACAGGGAUAUAUGGCUACCCCCAACACCAGCACAAGAACCUCACUUGUGAUCUCAUUAAGUCCCUCUAUAAUGCUAACUACAAUAGUAGCUGGCUCCUUUUUGGAGACUUAAAUCUCAUUAUCAGUGAUACUGAGAAAUUUAGGGGAAAUCCCAUUGACAACAACAUCACUUCUCUCUUUAGAUCUACCCUAACCUUUUGUGAUUUACAGGACCUUGGAUACAAGGGAGACAUUUUUACUUGGACCAACAAGCAACAAAAUAAACACUUAAUUAAAGCUAGAUUGGACAGAUUUCUUGCAAACUCAGCUUGGAAAACUUCUUUUCCAACUCAUUGUAACUCUCACCUUCUUAGAUACAAAUCUGACCAUAUGCCUAUCUCACUUGUUUUUAAUACUAUUGCAGGCCAGACAACAAGACCUAAAGGACCUAAACCUAUAAGAUAUGAACAAAUAUGGACCAGGGACCCACAACAUCAUCAAAUUGUAAAAGACACUUGGCUCUCCAGCAGAGGGGAUAUAAAGGAUAAGGAACAAGAACUAGACAACAUUCUAGAAUGUGAAGAGACCUGGUGGAAGCAAAGAUCUAGAGAACUCUGGCUACAACAUGGUGAUAAAAACACCAAGUAUUUCCAUAUGAAGGCAAAUAUUAGGAGAUGUAAAAAUAAAAUUGAAAAAAUCACUGAUUCACAAGGCCACACACAUCAAGAUGAGGAUGGAAUUGAGAAAGUGCUGGUUGACCACUUCAAAGCCUUGUAUACAAAACAGGAUACUGAGAGAAUAUUUGAAACGAUUCAGGUUGUAGCUGACAGAUUAAAUGAAGAUAUGUACCAAGAGAUGAAUAGAGAGUUUACAAAAGAAGAAGUGUUUCAAGCCAUAAAGGACAUGAAAUCUCUGGCUGCCCCAGGCCCUGAUGGCCUACCUGCUCUCUUCUACCAUACUUAUUGGGAGAUCAUUGGAGAGAACAUAACAAAGAUGGUGCUUGAUGUCCUGAACAAUAAGGGGGACCCCAGCCACCUAAAAUUUACCCACAUCUGCCUCAUUCCUAAGAUAAACAACCCAACAUCUCCAAGUGAUUUCAGACCCAUAUCCCUUUGUAAUGUCACUUUGAAGAUUAUUACAAAAACAAUAGCAAAUAGAAUCAAAACAAUCCUCCCUGAUAUUAUUAGCCCCAACCAAAGUGCCUUUAUAAAAGGCAGACUUAUCACUGACAACACCCUUAUUGCCUCUGAAAUAUUCCAUUACCUCUCCCACACUAAAAGAAAAGCAGGGUUUGUUGGCCUCAAGACAGACAUGGCCAAAGCUUAUGACAGAAUUGAAUGGGAUUUUUUGGAAGCUACCUUAUCCAUAAUGGGGUUCCCUAGCACUUUGGUCCAAACCAUCAUGAAGGCAUCUAAAGGAGAGGUAUCUACCAUCUACCAAAUAAUCCAAGCAUACCAAAAUGCUUCAGGGCUGCUGGUAAAUCUCACCAAAUCAGAAAUGGUUUUUAGUAAGGGUGUUCCAAAUGAUAUAAAACAGGAAGUAGCAAACAUCCUACCUAUGCAAAUUGUUGAUCACUUCUCAAAGUAUCUUGGCAUGCCUAUUGUACAAGGAAGAUCCAAAAAACAGAUCUUUAACUUUAUGAAGGAAAAAAUCUGGAAGAAACUAAAAGGCUGGAAGGAAAAAAAUCUAUCCUUUGCAGGUAGGGGUACUCUUAUUAAAGCUGUGGCCCAAGCCAUCCCUACUUAUCUUAUGAGCAGUUUCCUUAUCUCUAAAGGGGUGUGUGAUCAACUAGAACAAAUGAUAUGCAACUUCUGGUGGAGAAGUACUACUGACCAGAAAAAAUUGCACUGGCUCAAAUGGUCAAAGGUCUGCACUCAUAAGAAGGAGGGAGGAUUAGGAUUCAGAAAUUUAGGUGCUUUUAAUGAGGCCCUCCUGGCCAAGCAAGGAUGGAGGCUCAUCACUAAUCCAAAUUCACUAGUUGCCCAAGUCCUAAAAGCAAAAUAUUAUCCUAAUGAAGAUUUUUUAAAAGCAAAACACAAGCAAUCUAUGAGUUAUACUUGGAGAAGUAUAAUGCAGGCUAGAUGGAUACUGAUCAAAGGUAGCUACUGGUCCAUUGGGUCUGGCCAAGAUGUCAACAUCUGGGAGGAUAACUGGAUACAACAAAAAGGAAACUCCCAUAGGGGUAGACCCAAGCCAAAUAACCUAAACCUUCAAAAAGUUAGGGAGCUUAUGGACCCAGACUGCAAUGAAUGGAAUGAAGGCAUCAUCAAUCAAGUUUUCUCUCCCCAUGAAGCUCACAUGAUUACUAACAUCCCUAUCAUAGAUAAAACCCAACCUGAUAUCCUCACUUGGGAUGGCACUCAAGAUGGUCAAUACUCUGUAAAAUCUGGCUAUCAAGCCAUCAAGGAAUGGGACAACCUCCAGAAUGCCUCAUCUUCAAACAACUCUCAGAAGAUAUGGAAUAUACUAUGGAAGCUUAAUGUUCCUCCUAAGCACAGUCACCUCCUUUGGAGGGUGAUCAGAAAUGUCAUACCUGUUAAAGGCAACCUUUUCAAAAGAGGCAUAAGAAGUGACCCCCUAUGCCCUCGUUGCCUAAACACCACAAAGACUACUUAUCAUGUUUUCUUAGGUUGUGAAUGGUCAAAAAGGGCUUGGUUUGCCUCCCCUAACUCUAAACCUAAACACCAACCAGUACACAAACUUCUAUGA